GCCAACGAGCCCAGUGCCCAAACCCAGCCUGGCCUUAGGCUGACCCCCUGGGCAGCAUCCCCAUGCCCACACUGCCCCCUCACUGCCCUGUGAAGCUGGGCUCCCUCAGUGAGCGAGACAGCCCCCUGGCCCAGCUCCACCGGCUGGUCAUUGCGGGGGGGCCCUGCUGGCGGCUGGCUCGGGUCCUGAAAAAAGGGGUACAGGUGGAUGGGGAAAACUCAUCAGGGCAGACCGGUCUCUUCCUGUCGGCGCUGCUGGGCCGAGCAGGUGCUGUUCGACUCCUUCUCCGCUUUGGAGCAGACCCUAACCAUCGCUGCUUAGAUGGAAGUACCCCAGUCCACGCAGGAGCUUUCUCCGGCCAUUGCCAGAUCAUCCUCUGGCUCCUGGAGGCUGGGGGAGACCUGAGGCUGCACGAUCAGCAGGGCUGGACGGCAGAGGAUUGGGCCCAGCAGGCUGGAUCUGAGAGCUGGGAAGUCUUGGAGCUCCUUCGAGAAUGCCGAGCCAGAAUGUCCCUGCUGGCCCAGGGGGGUGAGACUGCACUGGCUUCAUCCUUGGGGGAGCUGUGGGGGCUCCGGGCUGGAUCUCUGGGAAACCUCCACCUGGCCCUGUCCUCCCAGCUCCUGCCUCAGGCCGAAGGGUCAUUGUGGACCCACCGGAUCCAGAGGUCCCCCCAGGUGCCGGGGCUGGGAUUUGGCCAGCUGAGCAGUUUGAGGCCUCUGGGCCUCACAUCGGGGGUUCCCUUGGUUGAUCCUGAGGAGCUGCUGCCGGCUCAGGGGGAGCCCGACCGGACCUACGAGUGCGGCACCCACACCAUCAUGGUCAACCUCCUGUGGAGGGGACACCCAGUGACCGUCCGGAAGCUGAAGCCACCCCCUGCCCCAGCCCUCCCAGACCUGCUGCUGUCUGACCUGAAGCAUUGCAGCCUCCUCCAUCACCCAAACUUGCUGCUGCUCAUGGCCCUGAGUCCCUCCCCUGACCUGGCUGGCCUGUCUCUCCUGUUUGAGCCCAUCCAGGAGGGCUCCCUACACCGAGUAUUGCAUCCCCAAGGGGACGUGGCCUGCCCCAGAAUCCCCCCUGGCUUCCUGCCAGGGCAGCUGCUCUUACAGGUACUGGAGGCCCUGCUGUUCCUCCAAGGCCAGGCCCGGGCCCAUGGGGGCCUCAGCUCUCAUGCAGUCCAACUGGUUCGACCCGGGUUGGCCAAAGUCAGCAACCUGGAGCAUGGACGGUCCCUGCCCCGGCCCCAGCCAGAGCGAGCCUUUCCCUGGGGAGGCCCGAGCCCAGGGCUUCCCCCACCCUCCGAGCUGUACCCUUGGCUGCCCCUGGAGCUGAUUCGGGGGGACCCCCCCACCUUGACUUCUGACUUGUACAGCUUCUGCAUCUUGAUCCAGGAGGUCUUUACUGGGAGUCUUCCUUGGGCUGGGCAAGAAGGCCUGCAGGUCAAGGCGAAACUGGAGUCCGGGGAGGGGCCGUCCCUCGAUCCCCACGUUCCGCCCACCUACCAGCCCCUGGUCAAGGCAGGCCUGGGGCUGCGGCCUCGAGACCGAAAGGGCAGCCUGCAGGAUGCCCGAUACAAGCUGAGGGUGGCGUUGGCUCAGGAGUCUGCACUCAAGGAAGCCUCUUUGGGGAGUAUGGGCAGCCCCUCCUCAGAGCCAAAGACCCCACCACCUCCAGCUGAGCAGCUAUCUGAGGUGCAUCCCAAGGUCACUAGCACACCUAGGCUUCCGUCCCCCAAGAUGGUCCCAAACCCCAACCCAUCUGAGACCUUGAAGUCCCCUGAGAGCAGUGAGGCCUGGGGGAACACCUGGAGCCCCCCAGCCUUGGACUCGGGAAGCAGCCUGACCCUGGGGAGCAGCCUGAGCCUGAGCUCCCAGCCUGAAGAGUCAGCGGCGGCUGAAAAGGGGACGCUGCCCGGUCCAGAGCGGCCAGCCCUGCUGCCCAGUCUGAGAGAGUCAGCCUCCCUUCUGGGGCAGGCCCAGGGCUCCUUGGAGAGACUGGAGAGAAGGUUCUCAGCCAGGAUCCCGGCCCCGCAAGAUCUAAUGGGAGCUGGUUCAGAGACAUCGGCAUCCCUACCCACCUGCCCCCAGAGUGGCCCCAGUCUUCAGGAAUGCAUAGACCUUGCGGCCCAGGCCCGCCGCUUGGACAGACAGGAGGGUCGGAGCCAGGUGUCGGUCCCUGAGCUGGCCAAAGACGGCCCCUUCACCAGCCUGCAGAAGCUAGACCUGCUAGAGGAGAUUAUCACUGAACUACAGGGGACCCCCAAGCCAAGGAGCUGAGAGCGGACCAUGCCAAGCCCAGGCAGUGCAGGCUUCCUGACCCAAAGCCAAUAAAGCUUCCUCAGCCAGCCUCCUUGUCAGCUUCUCAAUAGACAGCAUGGAUAUACCACAUGAC